AGAAUCAAUACUGUGCAUUGGUUCCAAGACAGAAGAAUGGUAAGGGUAAUGGAGGUUAAAUGAAUUUCCCAGGAUCACACAGCCAAGAAGUGUCUGAAGGCACAUUUGAACCCAGGACCUCCCCUCUUCAGUCUGGCUCUCAAUCCGCUGAGCUACCUAGCUGCCUUAAUUUUUUUUUUAAACCCUUGCCUUCUAUCUUAGAAUUAUGGGUUAGGCAAUUGCAGUUAAGUGACUUGUUUAGGGUCACACAUUGAGGAAGUAUCUGAGGCCAGACUGGAACCCAGGACCUCCCCUCUCUAGCCUGGCACCCUGUCCUCUGUGCUACUAAGUUGCUUCACUUCAUAGCUAUUAAGUAGACUAUCAGCUCAUUGAUGGUACAGCCUAGUGAAUGAUAGGUGCUUAGUAAGUGCUUUAUUCAGCCAUUUUUCAGUCAUGUCCAACACUAACUGACCCUAUUUAAAAAAAAAACAACCUUACCUUCUGUCUUGGAAUCAAUACUGUGUAUUGGUUCCAAGGCAUAAGAAUGGUAAGGGCUUGGCAAUGGGGGUUAAGUGACUUCCCACAGUUGGGAAGUGUCUGAGGCCAGAUUUGAACCCAGGACCUCCAGCUGUCCCCUCUAACUGACUCUAUUUGGGGUUUUCUAGUCAAAGAUACUGGAGUAAUUUGCCAUUUCCUUCUCCAGUUCAUUUUGCAGAUGAUGAAACUGGGGCAAACAGGGUUUAUGUGACUUGCUUAGGGUUACCCAGAUGAUAAGUGUCUAAGGCUAGAUUUGAACUCAAGAAGAUGAAUCUUUCUGAUUUCAGACCCAUCCACUGUGAUGCCCCAUGAAUAGAACUGUUAGGUAUGCAUAUGUAUGUUAGAAGUGUAGACUCUUUGAGGGCAGAAACUAUCUGGCUUCCAUCUUUGCAUCCCCCUGGCCCAGAUUAAGUGCUUAAACAAUUCUUGUAGGUUGAAAUGAGCUGAAAAGACCAAUGCUCAUUUAUGAUGAAGUGAAUUUAAUUGAAUUCCAAGAAGGUUAGCUCCAUAUAUUACCCUUUAGCACCUUUCCAUCAGCCCAAAUAAUUAUCUACGUAUUCAGGGAAAUUUUUUUCCCUCCACUAUUUUUUUUAAAAGAAGAAACACUGAAAAGUAAUUUGAUCAAGUAACCUCCCUUUCUACCAAGAUGGAUUUUAACAUAAAUUACUUUGGAUAGGAGUCCUUAGAUAGAAAGUAAUCACGCCUUUGCCUGAUUUGGCACAGUCCUUCAAAAGGGAGACAAUUGAUCCUAUGAUUUCUUUCUGCAGUUCCCUUUCCACCCUGAGAAUUCUCUGACCAAACAGCUCAAGUUCUAGAAAGUCAGGUUUCUUCAUUAUGCUCCUUGAGAGGAGGGACUAUCUUUUGCCUUUGUUUCCCUAGAUCUUAGCAAGAGUGCCUGACAUUUUGUAAACCUUUAAUAAAUGCAUUUGCCUAUUGUCAUUUGACCAUUUCACUUGACCUCAGUUUCCGCUUUUGGAAAGUAAGGGACUAGUUCACUUUGAUGGUCCCUUCCCCUCUGAAACUGGCUUCCAGCUUCAAAGGAAUGACCUCACUUGACUCUCAAAGCUUGGAGGGGUAGGAGAGGGGGCCUGUCAAUGGGUGCCAAACCUUCCCUGAGAUUUUGCUUUUCUUUUUAAUGAAAAAGCAUGCAGAAAACUAUCCCAUGCCUCAAAAACUAUUGUAAGAAACCUUUUAAAGUCAAGUCUUUUGCUUUUAGUAAACCCUCCCUAAACCAGGUCAUUCAGCUCAAGCUUUUUCUAAAAUGGUCUUAGCUCUCCAGACCAUUGCCCUUUUAGCCAGGGAUGGCCCUAGAGGCAGGCUUUUCCUCCCUACCCAGUAUCUGAAAACAGGCAAAUGCCCAUUCUGUUUGUCCUAGGCUUCUCUGGCCUCUUCCUCCCUCAGCUUCCUUCUUGCUUGAGAACCAGAGUAUUUGUAACAACUUUUGAUUGUGAUAGAAAAUUUAACAUGGUAACAAUGAGAAAAUAAGGAGGAAUACCAGGCAAAAAAGAGACUCAACAAAUUUUUUUAAACUACAGUCAAACUAAUCUCUUCAGUCAAUUAAAAAAAUCAAGCAGAGAAUUAAAACAGAAAGGUGGAGGUCUGUUUCUGCUACUUCUCUGGAAAGAUCAUCAAACUAAGUAAAUAGACUUCCUGAGUCUUGCCUCAUCUCUUCUUCCAGCUAGAGAAGAGGUUUUUUUUUUUUUUUUAAUAUAUUUUAUUUGAUCAUUUCCAAGCAUUAUUCAUUAAAGACAUAGAUCAUUUUCUUUUCCUCCCCCCACCCCCCCAUAGCCAACGCGUAAAUCCACUGGGCAUUACAUGUUUUCUUGAUUUGAACCCAUUGCUUUGUUGAUAAUAUUUGCAUUAGAGUGUUCAUUUAGAGUCUAGAGAAGAGGUUUUUAAACCACAGAUUUAGGGCCAAAAGGAGCCUUGGAGGACAUCUAGGCCAAAGCUCUCAUUGCACAGAUGAAGAAACUGAGGCCAAGGGAAAUUAAGUGUAGUCCAAGGUCACAUUGACAGUGAUUAUCAGAAUAUAGCUCAGUUCUUUUUCCAUUGUCCCUGUUGUGGGCCAAUAAACAUUGACUGAGACAGCAAGGUUGUUCAGUGGAUAGAGAGUCUGGGGUCUUGGGUUCAAAUGUGUCCCUAGACAUUUCCUAGUUGUGUGACCUUGAGCAAGUUACAACUCCUAUUGCCUAGCCCUUAUUGCUCUUUUGUCUUGAAACUAAGACAGAAGAGAAGAGCUUUAAAUAAAAAAAAAGAAAGAAAGAAAAAUUCUUGAACACCUAUUGUGUGCUAGGACACUGGGGAUACUAAGAAAGAUAAAAGACAAUUUCUGCCCUCCUAGAGUUUACAAUCUAAUGGGGGAAGGCAGCCAACCACUAAGGACAAACUAUAGACUGAGAACCUUGGAGAUAAUCAACCAAAGGAUGACCCUAGAAUUCAGAGUGAUGGGAAAGGAUUUCAAUGGAAGGUGGGAUUUUAGCUGGAAGGUAUUAAAAUCAGGAGGGAUUGGGAAAGAAGGGUCUUGAGACAAGCCCAGAGGCAGUGAUCUGGAGGCAGGCACUAUCAGUGAAAAUUCCUGGAGCUGUGAAUAUUGGGAGUGUCUUUUUCCAGAGGAGAAUAUCUAGUAGGCUCAAGUCAUGGGAUCAUUCUGCUAUGUGGUGGGGUUUGGGAGGCAUAGUCAGGGAAAGAGAAAGUGUAACAAGACUGGAGAAUCCUGGAUCUAAAGGACUGUGAAUGCCAACAUUUUCUAUUUGAUCCCAGAGUACUAUGAUGGCCCAUCCUGAAUCUGAUUUGAUGGAGGAGUGCCUGAAAGAAGACUUGAAGUUUUACUUCAUGAAUCCAUGCGAAAAGUAUCGAGCGAGACACCAGAUUCCAUGGAAAUUGGGGCUACAGAUUUUGAAGAUUGUAAUGGUGACAACACAGCUUGUUCUUUUUGGUCUGAAUAACCAAUUGGUGGUCUCUUUUAAAGAGGAUAAUACUGUGGCUUUUAAGCACUUAUUUCUAAAGGGAUAUUCUGGCGUGGAUGAAGAUGACUACAGUUGCAGCGUCUAUACACAGGAAGAUGUCUAUGAAAGCAUGUUUUUUAUUAUUAACCAGUAUCAUCGUUUAAAGAAUAUAUCACUGGGCAUGCUUGGUUAUGAAGAAAACGAAGAUGAUAGAAUUGGCUUGAGAGUGUGCAAACAACAUUAUAAGAAAGGCACUGUUCUUCCAUCAAAUUAUACCCUCAACAUAGACAGUGAAGUUGAAAUAGAUUGUAUCCACUUAGACCCACAAGUCCUCAAUAGUGAGAAUUCAGGACAUUGGAUGAAUUCCUCAUUUUUUAGUCUAGAAUUUUAUCGGCUUUUACAAGUUGAAAUCUCCUUUAACCUCAAAGGCAUUGACCUACAGACAAUCCAUGCCCGGGAGCUACCAGACUGUUAUGUCUUUCAUAACAUUAUUACCUUUGACAAUAAAGCCCACAGUGGUAGAAUAAAAAUCUAUUUUGAUACCGAGGCCAACAUUCAGGAGUGCAAAGGCUUGCAUGUAUCGGGGUCAAGUCAGAAAAAUACCCAAUACAUCCUGAUGUUCGAUGUGUUUGUUAUUGUGAGCUGUGUUACUUCCCUUAUUCUGUGCACCAGAUCCAUCGUCUUAGCCCUCCGACUGCAAAAAAGAUUUACAAGGUUCUUCCUGGAGAAAUAUAAAAGGCGCGUGAAUGAUGCUGACCGCUGGGAGUUUAUCAAUGGAUGGUACAUCUUAGUGAUCAUCAGUGACCUAAUGACCAUCACUGGAUCAAUAUUAAAAAUGGAAAUCAAAGAAAAGAAUCUCACAAAUUAUGACCUCUGCAGCAUUUUGCUUGGGACAUCCACUUUGUUUGCUUGGGUUGGAGUCAUCAGAUACUUGGGUUAUUUCCAGACAUACAAUGUGCUCAUUUUGACGAUGCAGGCUUCGUUGCCCAAAGUCCUUAGGUUCUGUGCUUGUGCCGGGAUGAUUUACCUGGGAUACACCUUCUGCGGCUGGAUUGUCAUAGGACCCUACCAUGAGAAGUUUGAAGAUCUGAGCACAGUGGCAGAAUGUUUGUUUUCUCUGGUCAAUGGCGAUGACAUGUUUGCGACCUUUGCUCAAAUCCAGCAGAAGAGCAUCUUGGUGUGGCUCUUCAGUCGUGUGUAUUUAUAUUCCUUCAUCAGCCUUUUUAUAUACAUGAUUCUCAGUCUCUUCAUUGCACUUAUUACAGACUCCUAUGACACCAUUAAGAAAUACCAACAGAAUGGCUUUCCACUAACGGACCUUCAGGAAUUCCUAAAGGAAUGUAGUGGCAGUGAAGAGUACCAGAAACAAGUCACAACCCCCAUGACCUUUCUCUGCUGCUGUCGAAGGCGAGAAAGUGAUGACAAUUUGAUACUUAUUAACUAAGGAGCUGUUGGCCAGAGAGAAUGGAAUUUCAGGCCUCCUUACACCAUGGAAAUGUAGGGUGGGACCAAGCUAUUGUUGUUGAAAGGGUCACCCAGAUUCCAAACUUGGACUUACGUUUCCAUAAACAGACUGACUUAUUGAACUGUCAAGUGGGAAAGAGAAGUUGCUAAUUGUGCUGCUGGCUGGCUGAAGGACCGGAGCCACUUUUUAUGAACUUGGAUUCCAAAGACUAGCUCACCUAUCUCACUAGAAGUUUACAUACAUAGGAUGGGGACAACUGAUUUUUUUUCCCCAGUUUGUCUUAUUUAUGGGAUGAAACAUUUGUCGGGGGGGAAGUAGAGAGAAGGAGCGAAAAGAUUACUUAUUUCAAAAGGCGUAAAACAAUGGCGUAAAAGCUACAUACAUAGAUGUUGUUCUAAGUGAAGACCAGCAGGAGAAGAAAAGUGGUGCUGGAGAUGGAAGAUGUUUCAGUGACUCACCGGCAACAUAGAAGAGAACUUGGUUGUUGAAUUCUAAUCUAGAAUCCCCAAACUGAAGAUCUUUUCAGCCAUUUGAAGAUGCAAAGAUUUUAAAAAUAUUCUUAAAAUGAGCUAAAGAAUGUUAUGAGACAUUUCUUAAUCUGUUUCUCAAUUUUUUUUCCUGUGGUUUUCCUCUACUCUAAUGUAAUUUAGAAAUCUUAAUGGGUUAGCUCGUGUAUUAGCUGGACUGUGGCUCAUUUGAACCCAUCCCUGCCACUCUGGUUACUUGGUAACUGCACACUAACCUAAUUGAGGGUCAGAGGGAGGAAACACGGUUGUAUGGACAGCACACAUUUUUAAUAUAAACCAAUUCCAGAUUGAACACCAUUAAUGUGCUGUUUACCCUUCAAGUUAUGGUAAUAUGGCAAUUUGUUAAAUCAAUAAAUAUAUUUUUAUGAAAAUUCAUGA